UGCGCGGUUGUGAACCUCGCGAAGAUUGUUCAGGGGUUCUUUACCACGUGUGAAAAUUGCGCUGUUGUGACUGUGGAUGUGCGAGGACACCGCGAUAAUUUGCGCCGUAGAAUGCUGCCGUCCAUAUCAAGGUUCAAGAGGCACUAGCUGAGACUUCUGCAGUGAGUGCGCCCCUCUCGAUUAAGUUCGCAUCUCGAUUUCCUUUCGCCCCCGCACUUGAGGCGACCGCAGCCCGAGCCAGCGUCCACCAGCAGAGCGUGUUUCGAAGGGCUGGCUCUACCGGCGGCAACGAUGAGAAUAUGUGUCUUAUUGCCCUCGUGCUAGUGUCAAACCUAUGCUGCCCAGUCGGCGAAGAAAAGACACCUUGGCAAGGUGUGGCUGUGUGACAGCAGCGGUGCAAAACUGCUACAAGGUGUCCCGGAUGUGAGCAUCUGCCAGUCCAGAUGGCAACGGGUGGUCGACGCAGGGUGGCCACCAAGCUCUACAGUGCAGCCGAGGACCUGGAUCAGAUCGCCAGGGAGGCGGAAGCUCGACUAGCACAGCGCAGGCAGGCGCGAGCCGAGGCCAGGGCAAUACGACUCCGGGAGCUCGAGAAGCAGGCCCGUGAGAAUGACGAGCACUCUGAGAGUGGCCCAGAGCCUGUACGACCCAUGCGCAUCUCAAGAGAGGGCCGCCCCUUCACCUCGGGCUCCUCUUACUCUGGGUCUCGGAGAAGCAGCGAGGACUCAACCGAUGGUCUCGAUGGCCGCGACAUCAGGCAUCAGCUGCAGGAUGUCGAGGAGAACUUCCGCAAGGCCAUGAUCAGCAAUGCUCAGCUGGACAAUGAGCGCACCGCGCUGGCCUACCAUGUGGACACACUCAAGGAUGACAUGGAGGAGCUUACCGAAAAGUUCCUGCAUGUGCAGAAGGACCACCGGGACAAGUCGCGGGCGCUGGACCAGCUACAAAGGGAUCUGCGGAAGCUGCAGGAAGAGAACGCCUUGCUGCAAGAGGGCAUUCGGCAACGAGAUGAGCUCAUCGAGGCAAAUGGCCUAGUACUGGUGCAAAAUGGAGACGGCCCAGACCUGGUCACACAGGAGGCAGCCGAACUUCUUGACCAGGCAGGACAUGGCUCCUUGGAUGUCCGGUUGAAGCGAUUUGCAGAAGAGAAGCAACAGCUCCAAGAUCAGAUCAAUCGGCUGCAGUUGGACUUGGAUGAGGAGCGGCAGAAAGUGACUCGGCUAGAGCAGAUCUCAGUUGUGCAUGGCCCACAGACCAAUGGACCUGAAAUGAGGCUCAUUGAAGUGCAAAGGGAAGCCAACAAGCAGGUCGAUGACUACAAGUACAGACUGCGCAAAGCAGAGCAGGAGAACAUCGCACUCCAGAGCACCGUGUCGCGGCUUGAGACACAGGUCUUGCGCUUCAAGGCGACGCUCGAGGAAUCCGAGAAGCUUGAAGACGACCUGAAGGCUGAGAAACGCAAACUCAGAGAGAGGUGAGUACAGGCUCAGGCCAGGAUUGAAGAGCUGGAGACUGCCAACAAGCACCUCCAGAAGCGUAUCGACAAACUCAAGUCAGCACGGAACAGCCUCAAGUGACUCCAGAGUGCAACGUCUCCAGUGCUGGCCAGAGCUUGCGUACAGGGGCUGUAGAGGUUUAACUUAUUAUUACCACACGGUCUCUGCCUUCCCUCUCCCCCUACACCCCUGUGCUCUCCACUUUUUGCUUGACGCAAGGCUUGCGAACGAGGCGCAUUCCACUUGCGGCGGGCUCUGCCAGCGCCUUCGGGCAUUAAUAACGAGCCAUCAACCAUGCUGUGUGCGGGUUUGGAGUGGAGAAAGAGCCUGUGAAAUAUAGUUUGUUCCUGCAGUCUGUCUAGAAACCUGUACAUAUCCAGAGGCAGGGAGUCGCACAGAAACCGCCAUAUUUUGUUUCCCGAGUGGUGUGCUCCCAUCCUCGUGGCAAUGAACAGUGUCGUGAAAGUUACGACACGCACAACGUUGCGCGUCGAAGACAAUGGCCGCAUGCGAACCCUCUUGGAGGCCAGCGACCACGACGGUAGGCAAAUGGCUGGCCUAUAUCCGUCCUGUAGAUGCGACCAUGGGCUAGUGUAGCACUCGGAACUUUUCCAGCAGCUGGAUUUUAUACAAACACUGACGAUAAACUAUUACUGGUAAUAUAAACCUGUGUGAAUGUUUCCGAGACUUGAGGGAAUUAAUGUGGUUGUGGUGGUUUGUGCGUAACAACACACAAAAGUAGCUUGCAUUGCAUUUGCGCGGUUCACAGAUGCAGUUAUUUUGGGUUGUAACUGGUGGGUUGCAUGGGUCCCUUUUGCCCACGGUGUACUGGCCCUCCCCCAUUUACGCACCUGUGUCCAGCGAUACAGAAGCUCAAGCUUAAAUGAAGUGUAUGCAAUUCUCGCCAUCUAAUAAUAAGCCUGCAGAGACAGGUGAACUGCACACAUGCAUGCAAUAAAAAUGUCUACUUCUGCUGGUUUCACCGUUUCUUUCUUUUUUUUUUUUUCACGAAAAGCCAAAGAGAAUGUUUCCGCCAGCAUCACAACAUGGCUAGGAGUACAUAUGUUGCUCGGUUUUUCUGUCCAUAGCAAUUGAGUAUGUCUACAUUGUGUGGACAUAUCACAAGUUCCCUUGCUGUUGUGCAGUUUCACUUUAAUUAUUCUGCAGUGCACGAACGUUUCUACUGUGCUUCUAGAAGUCUUUACUAGAGUGGGUGUGGACGCAUGGGCCCUUGGGCAUCGGUUGAAGGUUUUUAGUGAAGUGGAAUAUCUAUGGCCACUGGGCCAAGUGCACGAACGAGUUUAGGCUGCCUUUUUUUUUGUUUUCUUUCCAGCAGGGCACGAGACAAGACAGUGGAUUUAAAUGUGUGCAGUGCUGUGAUGUUCCCACGAGUGCCAAUUACUUGCUGAUUUUUUUCUUUUUUGCUUGUCACCCACUUGGCUUUGCUGAUGUUCAAACUCUGAUCAGUUCCCCUCCACCUCUUUCUGAACUGCCUUUGAGCCUUCCUUGCCAUAAAAGCCUGAGAGAGAGAGAGAGUCCCUAUAAAGGGCUGGGUCAUGCAGUGGGCCCUCUAAUAUAAUAACCUUUUGGGGCUCUUUAUACAAACAAGCCUUUGCAUUUUUUUUUUUUUGAAACUGAAUUUGUGGGCACAUUAGUUUGGUGCAAAACUAGGUCUGUACUCCUCGCAUGUAGCUUACAAGUCAUUUGAUAAGUUCACAAAACUUGUAUUAAGUGGCACCGCACUUCAUUCUAUAACACCAGGGCUGGAGAUACCUCUCUUACAACAAACUCAAGUUGUGGCGAGAAAUGAUGCAUCAUUGUGUUCAGCAAGUGUUUGCAAGGAGCAUUCCUUCACUUGUGAAAAAAAAAAAAUGGGGGGGGGGGGGGGGGAGGAACAGGAGACCUCCCUGGUAAUGAACAAACAUCACAAUGACGUAUUUCUGUUAACCCUUUAUUCACCCAGUUUCUCUGCUUAACUGUACGUGACCCCUUUCAUUAUUCGUCAAGCGGCUCUAGCCCAUUGUGAUGGAAUAUUGUUGAGAUGUGAUUGCCAUUAGUGCUGGUAAUGUUUUGCAGCUCUUUAUUAUCAAGGGCUGUGAAGUAGCCAUUAGCUGUGCUGAA